AUGACAUCGUCGUUCUCGACCACAACAGCGUCUACAGCAGCGACGGCAACCACGAUCGCGACCGUGAGGGUUGCAAGGACACUGCGGUCGCAGAAUACGUUUGCCGCGCGCCGUCUUUACACGACGGCAGGGGCAAAGGCAGAAGCAGCAACAGAAGCAGAAGCAGACGCAGAAACAAAAACCGGAAUAGGCUACGAGCACGGCGAAAUCUCGCGGAUAUUCGACAACGACAAACGAACACGGGGAAGGACUGUCAAUAGAAGUGCUGACUCGUUCGAAUCAGACGACAUUAAAAAAGAAACGUCGGAAAAGGUUAGGGGGGCCGCGGAAAAGCUGAAACUGAACGAGAGGGUCCGACAAAGACUCGCCUACAUGCACGACGCGUAUGCUAUCGCACAGUGCGUGACGGACAUGCUGGAUAAGAACCGCUAUGAUGAGGCACUGCACAUGACGCGCAUGGCCAGCAAGCAGCACAAAGUCGCCGUCUGCUGGAACCUGGUGAUCGACCACCAGAUGCGCAACGACAGGCUGAACGAUGCCAUCAAGCUGUACAACGAGAUGAAGAAGCGCGGCCAGCUGCCGAGCACGACCACGUACACAACCAUUUUCCGCGGCUGUGCCCUGUCACGGCACCCCAAGAACGCCGUCCAGCACGCAACGCGGAUCUACAACUCCAUGCUCAGCAACGAGCGCAUCGUGCCCAACCGGAUCCACAUGAACGCGGUGAUCAACGUGUGCGCACGUGCCAAGGACAUCGAUUCGAUGUUCAACAUUGCUGCGACGGCCGACAACCGCUCCCGCGUUCCCGACAGCAUCACGUACGGCACGCUGCUCAACGGCAUGCGCCACGCGACGGUGAAGCCGCACCACCGGCCGAACCGGACCGGCGAUUCCGAAGACGCUGUGUUCCUGGAAGCGGAAAACGCCAGCCUGUCGGUGGCACGGGGACGUGCAGUGUGGGGCGAAGUGGCGAAAAACUGGCACCAAGGCGUGCUCGUCAUCGACGAGCAGCUCGUGUGUGCCAUGGGCCGCCUGUUGCUGCUGGGCAGCAAGAAGGACAAUGAUGACAUUCUGUCACUCGUGGAGCAGACAAUUGGAAUUCCGCGGCCUGACAAGGCGCAAUCCGGGUUUGAUACGGUCAAGUACUACGGAGAGGAAACGAAUGAGGCUGCAGACGCGGACGCGAAUGCGAAUGCGAAUGCGGAGGCGGAGGCGGAUGCGGAUGCAAGUGCGUAUGCCGUCACAGCCGUGGAUCAGCGGCCAGUACUAGAGUCAACAUCAGACUUUGCCCAGAUGGAGGACAUGGUCUUGGGGCCAGCCGCGCCCGAAGUAGUAGAGAGUGCCGAGUUCUUCAGCGACCCGGAUGCCCCCAGACGGUCAAGCUUCCGGUACGUGCAGCCCGGCAACAACAUUCUGUCGGUCAUCAUCUCGUCCCUGGGCACAACCCGGAAGACGUCGCUGGCGCCGGUCUAUUGGGACAUCCUGACGGCCCCGCCAUACAACGUGCAGCCUGACUCGGAGAACUGGUACCGGCUGCUUCGGACGUUGCGCCGCGGCCAUGCCAGCAAGACGACGGCUGAGAUGAUGAAGCGGAUCCCGAGUGAGUUCCUGGAGCCCAAGACGUUCCAGGUCGCCAUGAGCUGUUGCGCCGCCGACAACCUCAACCCGAACGCCUUUGAAUCGGCCGGCCAGAUCCUGGACCUCAUGGUGCACAAGCUGGUCGAGCCUGACCCGCACACAAUGCGGCUGUACCUGCAGACAGCCAUCACCUGCAACAGCAAGUUCCGCAACGAGACCGACCCCGUGAAGCGCCAGUCGGCCAAGUUUGCGUUUGGGCGGCAGCUCGUGCGCGCGCUGGCCCGGCUGUGGGACCCGUUCCGGCGUGCCAGCAACGUGGUGUCGUACGCCGGCCGCGGAGCCGUGCCGCAGUCGUUGUCGCCGACGCCGGAGGAGAAGAAUAUGGACCCGCAGAUGUACAAUGCCCGGCGCGAGCUGAUGGCGCUGGCGCGGCAGAUGGUGUCGGCGGCGGACAUGGUCGUGUCGGAGAACAUGGCGGGUGAGAAGACGGUCAAGGACCUGCGCGUCAGCCGCAACCUGCUGAACCGGCAGAUCACCAGAUUCUACGCGAAGCGCGAAGAGAUUGAGCCGAACCUGAAGAAGGGCAAGCAGCAGCCAAACAACCAGAAAGGCCAGGCGCAGACGAAAAAGGCAGGAAAAAAAAGAGCGGCUAAAAAGAAGAGUGUGGAGGCAGAGGUGAUUGAGGAGUAG